AUGUCCUUGUCUUCGUCCCCGUUCCCCGCGCUCCCUUCCCUGCCAGUCUCGCCGUGUCGGCCUCGCCCUCCCAGACCGAGGCUUCGGCUUGCGGCGGUAAGCGAGAGUCGGGCGAGGGAUGCGCCUCGCUUGGAGUCGGACCGGGCUCGGCGGACGUUCGGUCACUCUGAACAGGUGAAGAAGGUGUCCGGUGACGAGAAUGGAGGAUUGGACGUGCUUUAUGAUGAUGGGUUCGGGGCCGUCAGCGUCAAGGACUACUUCGACGCCGCCAAGGCGAUCGAUAAGCCCGACGGUGGCCCUCCUCGCUGGUUCUGCCCUGUCGAAUGCGGAGCGCCUAUAAGGGACUCGCCUUUGCUGCUCUUCUUGCCUGGUACCGAUGGCGUUGGAAUGGGGUUGAUUUUGCAUCACAAAUCUCUUGGAAAGGUUUUCGAAGUAAGGUGCUUGCACAUCCCGAUAAAUGAUAGAACACCAUUCGAAGGACUUGUAAAGUUUGUGGAGAACUCUGUGAAGAAUGAGCAUGCUAUGUCUCCGGAUAAGCCUAUAUAUCUUGUUGGAGAUUCCUUUGGUGGAUGCUUAGCUCUUGCUGUUGCAGCUCGCAAUCCUAACAUUGACUUAGUAUUAGUGUUAGUCAAUCCAGCAACAUCAUUUGGCAAAUCUCAAGUGCAGCCUUUAAUCCCUAUCCUGGAGGCUCUACCUAGCAACCUUCAUGUUACUGUUCCUUACCUUCUUAGCUUUAUCAUGGGUGAUCCUGUAAAAAUGGCAAUGGCGAGUGUGGAAGAUAACCUUCCUAUACUGCAAACAUUUGAAGAAUUGUCAAACAGUCUCACUUCAUUAUUGCCUUUGCUUUCGGAUUUGGCAGAUAUCAUACCCCGGGACACUCUUCUGUGGAAACUCAAUCUGCUAAAAUCAGGUGCUGCUUAUGUGAAUUCUCGGCUGCAUGCUGUAAAGGCUGAAGUACUAGUUCUUUCUAGCGGCAAGGAUAACCUGCUACCAAGUGGAGAUGAAGCAGACCGACUUUGGGCUUCACUAAAGAAUUGCAAAGUUAGAUAUUUCAAGGACAGUGGUCAUACCUUACUACUGGAAGAUGGCAUUAAUCUGUUGACUAUACUUAAAGGCACUAUCACAUACCGUCGGUCAAGACGACAUGAUAAUGUAACAGAUUACCUUCCUCCAUCUGUCAGUGAUUUCAAAACAAUUCAUCAAAGUGAUAGGUGGUUUAAAGUUGCAACAAGUCCAGUCAUCUUCUCUACCCUGAAAGAUGGAAGGGUUGUGAGGAAUCUUGCUGGGGUUCCUGAUAAAGGUCCUGUAUUAUUAGUGGGUAACCAUAUGCUGAUUGGGCUCGAACUUCGUCCCAUUUAUGAAGAGUUUUUGAGGGAGAAAAAAGUUAUCAUACGUGGCAUGGGACACCCAUUUUUGUUCUCGAAAGCAACUGAAACCUCACGGAAAGAGAUUUCUACCAUUGACACCAUGAGCAUCUAUGGUGCAUUGCCUGUGACUCCUUCGAACAUGUAUAGGCUGUUUUCAAGAGGAUCAUUUGUACUCCUUUAUCCAGGAGGUGCUCGUGAGGCCUUGCAUCGUAAGGGUGAAGAACAUAAGUUAUUUUGGCCAAAGAAUCCUGAAUUUGUUAGAAUGGCUGCUCGCUUUGGGGCCACAAUUGUGCCAUUUGGGGUUGUUGGAGAGGAUGACAUAGUGGAGUUGGUUCUUGAUUAUGAUGAUCAGAAGAACAUUCCAUUCAUUAAAGAGUGGAUAGAAGAAAUGAAUCAAGAUGUUGGGAAGAUAAGGGUUGGUGUUGAUGACGAUAUUUCAAACCAGCAAUUGUAUUUUCCUGGACUUCUUCCAAAAUUACCUGGUCGUUUAUAUUAUCUAUUCGGAAAACCAAUUGAAACACGAGGAAUGGACAUUCUGAAGCAUAGAAAGAAUGCAAAUGUUCUAUAUCUGCAGAUCAAGUCAGAGAUUGAGCGCAUAAUCUCAUACUUGAAGAGAAAAAGGGAGGAAGAUCCAUACAGGAACAUCACACAGCGGACUCUGUAUCAGGCUUCUUGGGGUUAUUCCGCUGAAGUCCCCACAUUUGAUCCAUGAUAAAGAUGACUUUCCUAAACCAAUAUGCAAUACAGAGACAUUUUUACUCAGAUCUUCAACUGCAUAGGUUACAGGGUUGCAAACUGUGUAAAUCAAGAAGCAUCGACGAUGUUAAAAAAUUUGAAGGUUUUGAUCAAUUAUAGGAGAAGUUUGAUAAUAAAGCUAAUUUUUCUGCCUUCAUAAAACUGAAGGUUUUGAGAAUUGAUUUGCUAUAUUUCAAUAUAAAAGUCUGUCCUAGAAAUGUCACUAUUUUGGCUACAACUAUUAUGAAACAUUUUAUUAUUUUGAGUAAAUUUU